CCUAUCAGACGUGAAAACAUUGCGGACGAGAGAGGUAGCACUUUCGACAAGCGAGUAACGUGAGCUGCACUGGCUCUAGCAGGACCAAAAAAAAAACCCAAGCGAAAAAGGGAUGUAUCUCGCCUGAACGUGGCCCACGGCAGCACACCGCGGAUUAAUCAGUGAAAAGUGUGUGACAACUGCACAGGAAACACAGUGACGAAGAUGCAUCAUGUUCAGAUGUAACGUGAGCACGCGGGUGAAAAAGUGCAGCAUCACAGUAGGCGAGCCGUGCGUAGCUAGUGAAAAAAUCUCCUCUCCCCUGUCGAAUGAUCUUUUUUUGUUCUUCUGCUCCGAAGAGGAAAAAAGAGCCCAUCGCCGCCGUCGCCGUCGCAGCAGCACCAGCAGCAGCAGAAACAGAGGCAACAGCAGCGGCAGUAGUAGUAGUGGUAGUAGUAGUAGAAACAGAAAGCGAAGGCAGCAGCAGAAGCAGAAGCACCUCUGCUUUGCUGAAGAAAAUGUAGCCCGUUUUUGGGUGAAAAAGGGCCGAAAAGCGUGAAAAAGUGUGAAAAAUCGUGCAAGCAGAUAGGUGAAUUGAAAAAUAUGUGUAAUCUCAGUGCAGUGAAGGUGCACAAACUAGUGAACGAUUUGCUGACUCCUCGCAGCCAGGAAUUCGAGGUGGAAAAAUCAAUACUAAUAUAAAAAUUAACAAUGGCGGCUGUUUAGUUCGGGGAGGAGCAUUAAAUCGAAUCCUCACACAUAGAAAUACCUACACAAAACAUGGUGAUAUGAGUAACUUAAACAAAUAAUUUAAUUGAUAUUAAUAGCUAAACUAAAAUCAAGAUAAAAGCUGAGCAAGCAAAAUCAGGCUACCACUAACUGAAACAAGAAAAAUAUCUAACGAACGCGUAGCAUAUAGGCAACACACAAAAAAAAAUCGAAGUCCACGACACAACAAGGCAAAACCACGCGAGCUGCUUUUCGGUUUUCUCAUUUCUAAAAUGCACAGCAUGUUCAACCAACAACCUAGCGAAAUUCAGCGUCAAGUCGAGUCAAGAAGGAUUAAACUAUUAAACAUUUCGCGCAAAUCAUUCAUUUUCUCUCGUGAUUAUUUCAACAUUCCCGCGUCAUCAUUUCUAUCGUCCAAGUCGGUGCCGUCGUCGUCGUCGUCAACGCCACUACAGCUCACAAAAGGAUAUCAUUUAGUUAGUACGCCACAACAAUACCACAGUAGGAGCAAAACGUUACUGUAUAGGUUGAUUGUUCAAACUUUUUUGGCCUUGUUCUUGGUAACGAAAUGCUGUGACGCAGCUAAGCAAGAUGCUUUACAGAGCGGCACGGGGUGCGCUUUUCCAAAACGAUGGGAGGGACGAUGGUUUCAAUCCGGGGUACAACAGGAAAUUACUAUAGAAGGAUCAACUUUAAGUACUAGAGGAAGAUGUAUCGCUAGCGAGGGAGAUAAAUUUUUAUUAGUGAACGAAAAGGGAUGUCAUCGAUGCGUUGUAAUAUACCAGAAGCAUUUAAACACACUUCAGUAUAAAGAAAGUGAGUGUGAAGAUAUGUAUAUAGGCCAGUUGAAUCCAGCUCCAUUGCCUAGUCAUAGCAAUUUAAAAAGUGAUCAUAGUCGGGGGGCUCAUCCCAACAUGAACGGGCAUUCACGAUUAUCGUCAUCGGAUCAGUACACACGAUCCAAUGAAGAUAGCGACAAUUGUAUGGGAUGCAAGGGACGCGAAACGUUGCACUACCUUUGCGAGCAGAUCCCCGGCGAUGCACUACUCUACAGUAUGUUCAAGAUCAACCCCGAGCCCAUCAAGUGUCCACUGGCGGGAUCCUUCACCUUCACCUACAACCGAGGUCAUGGGGAGUGCAAGAACCCGAUUUCGAAGAUGGACAUGUGCACGGAGGACAGCAGGUUACUGUUGAACUUCCAGGCGUGUCCUGACGUUCCGGGCACGGAGAGCACAGUGGAAGAACUGACCUGCCUGGCCGGGUGGAAGGAUGGUAAUGCCCGGUAUCUCGUCGGACUGGUGUCGCACAACCAUGCCAUCUCUAAUGAGGACCGGUACAGGUGUUUUGUGUACGACAAGAUCAGUGGAUCAGGUGCACCGAAUGCCGACGCCGAAUACAAGCUGGCCCAGUCUGGAGACGCCACCUGUAACGGACUGGAGAGUGCCGAAGUCGGUUCACGCAUCAUGACCCUGAAGCGUGCUCCAAUGACCGAGCGGUGCGAUUUCCCGGCCUGGUUCAAAGGGCCCCGCCAUUGGCAUGCGCUGAUGGGAAACGCUAACUUCAUAUUCCAUCAGAGCGAUGGAUCGUUGCACAUUGUGAAGCCAAGUGGGUACAUGGAAGCGCGAGCACUAUGCGAGCAGAUCAACAAACAGACGGCCACCGAGAUGAUGGCCGUCGUUCAUCACACGACUGGAUGCACUUCUGGGUACAUGUGUGUAAUGUUCUAUCGACGAGAUACUCACGUAGCUGAGCUACAGAUGGGAACGCCCGCAGCUAGGUUAGAGGAUGCGUGUACGACUGAAAAUUUCGACGUGCAUCGGACGCCGUUUGUUACUUUAUUAGCUAAUAACCCCGAGACUCAGAUCUGUCCAAUGGAAGGAUACUACUCAAUUAAAGGUUUCCUCAUUCCUUCAUCGACGAUUUCAAGGCACAAACGAAAUCACAACAACAAGAGCCGGAUGCACCGGCAUCGGGAAGUGGUCAGCUUCCGCAACCAGGAAAGUGCGGAAGGCUACUACAGCAGUCUGGAGAAGCGGAAAGCUUUCUCGCGUAUGAGGCGGACAGCUGCGACGCAGCCUAGUGAUAAUGUCACACAAGACUUUUACAGUUUAGAUUCUACCCGAGCUCGUAGAGAAACAAUGGGAUGUAAUAUUAAUCACAAUACCAACAGACGUUUAUUCAUAGGAUGUAACGAGAACACUGUAAUAGAAGUUAAGCCAAAAUGUAAAAACGACGAAGACGAAACGUACACCUGCCAUGGCCACUGGCAGGAGAACCAAACGACGUUCAUCAUUGCGAAGCACCUGAGCUCGCAGCAUGGCGUCUGCAUCAGCUACGUGCCAAUCGAGGGAAACCAGGUGCAGGUGUAUGUGGGCGAUUCGUGCCAUCGGCCCGGAAUGCAGCAACAGCAGCAGCAGCACCCGCAGGCCGGCCAGUGGAGCUAUGGAGGCGCCGGGUCGGCAGCUGGUGCAUCAUCGUCGUCAGCGACGGGUGGUGGAGGCAAUGGUGGCUUUGGGGGAGGUGGCACCAGCACCAUUCAUAAGACUAUGGCAAACGUUACCGUUAUAGGCAAAUGCGGCGACACAAGCACAUCGAUAACGCUACACUACCGUUACUACAAGGGCUGGAUGAUUCUCACUGCAUUAUCGAUACUGCUGUUAAACUUUACUCUUAGAUGAUCACAUUGUAAAUUGCAAUGAUUGGCAUUUGGCGUUUAGCAGAUCUGAUGGUACGGCUACUAAAUUGGUAAGACGUUGCGUCAGAGGCAAAACUGAGCAUGGAGCUGGAUUUAACUGGACUAUAUUCGUACGACAGAACACACUUGCAUUCAACACAAAUAAAAACCUACUACUGUCAACGGUUAAACCUAUCAGAAGAAAAAAAAAUGAUGUACAUCCCCGCACUGUACAAAGUGAUUUAGUAUGAUACAAGUGAAGACAAAUUUAGAACCCAAAUAAACUUAUGAUUUUUUAUUGUUUUA